GAAUCACCGGACAACAAUACCACUCCUCUCUCUCUCUCUCCCUUUCUCUCUCUAACGCUCUCUGUAACCGUCUGGAGACGCUCCACACAGCAGCAGGAAUGGUAAAAGACUUCGGAAUUGGGCCUCUUUCACUGCCGGAAUCUGUCUGUAGCGACGGCGGCGGCGGCGGCCGGAGCAGUAAUGACGCCGGAGAAGAUGAAGUGUUCUAUGAAAUGAUCGAGGCUCCCAAGUUUGUCGAUUUCACCUCUCCUGAUCACUACUGCCCGGACGACCGUUACUGGUUCUGCCUCCGUGUCGGAUGUGAACAAAAACAUGAACAAGAGAUGGACUCUGAGAAAAUCUACAAGGAUUUCGUUCUUCGGGUAAUGGCAGCCAGGAGUCCCAAUGUAAGGCUUCAAAAGGCACUAUGCAGGAAUGCCUCAAGAAACAUGAAGUGCCCCAUGUCAGUUCCUUCAAAAUUCUCAAAGCCCAGGUUACCAAGAUUAUCAGUUCCUCCAUCCAUCUCUAGGAAAUUGGGAUUUGAGAAGAAAGAAGAGGUUAAUAACCCUUCUUCUCAAAAUCCAAUCUCCACUCCAAAGGUUAAAACAAAGCAAGUUGCAGCCAAAUACCUUACAACCCCAAGGAGCAAAGAGUGUCUCCCGGAUGGAAGUUUGUUUCGAAGCGUUCAAAACCCCAAAAGUGCCACUGGUUCAUCAUCAAAGAAUCAUCGGAUGGCGGGAAAGAAGGCUUUGGCAUUCCACUCUCCAAAGAAAGCCAUCAGCUUGAAGAAAUCUGUCGAGUUGCGAACUCCUCUUAUGAAGCUGUGUGAAGGGAUGAAAAAGCUUGCAAUUACAUCUCAAAAGAAGUGUUUAUUAUCGAAUGAUCGCGGUCAAGGAAAGUCAAUGCCAUCAGAUAGUGCAAAGAAAACCAAGAGUUCCAAGAAGGAUAAGAGUGUUGCUAAGGCUUCUUCAAUGUCUCAACCUCAUGAUUCCAAAAGAGUACGAAAUUUCAAGGGCUUGGUGGGGCCCAGCAGCAACAAGAUUAAUGCAGAAAUCCCAUCAGAUGUUCAAAGAGAGAAUGUGAAUGUGUUUAAUUUGGAGCAGACAGACUCGAAAACAAUUGAAAAUUCAGAGAACUUAGUAAACCUUGAGAAGCACACUACAGAAGCCCAACUAUCUGAAGUUCAAUAUCAUGAAACAGAAUCAGACAACAAAGAAAAUGAUGCAUCUGCUGAUGAAAACAGAGCACUAUUAAAUAAUGACAACAUCCAGGCAAAAGUUCUUGGUGAACAGAUAAAGAUCAUACAGAAGAUUGCCCAACCAGUAGACAAGUACCAUAAAGCUUUCACGAACACUGGUAGUGCUCCUUCUCCAGGGCUGAAAUUCAAGAAACCAAAGCCUACAAACCCCAAGCCUUUCAGGCUAAGAACUGAUGAAAGAAGCAUUCUCAAGGAAUCUAACUUUGAGAGGAAAGGCCAUCAUCCAGAACACGUCCCCAGUGGAGAUUUGCCCAGAAAAAGUGGAGCAGAUAGUCGGGACAUUGCGGAUACACCAAAACAACGAAAUAAUGGCAACAGUGCUGGCGGUGGUAACUGCAAAGGCAAUGCCAAAGAGCCUGCAGACUUGAAUGCCAAAUUGAUUAAAGGGAACAGAACAGCAGAGAUAGCUAACAUGUCAAGAGGCAAAGUAGGAUCAAAGAUUAUCAAUGUGACACCAAAAACAGCUGUUAAUGCUUCUGUCUCGAGGAAGGUUGAACAGCCCGUGGAGAAGAAACAAGCCAUUUCUCAAAGGCUUUCUUCUUCUUCCAAGAACUCAAUGGCCUCGCACGUGAUUCCUGGUCGAAAACUUGCAACAAUCGAUGAAAGUUCAUCUAAAGUUGCAAAAACAACCAAGACAAGAGAGGGGAACGAAAAUGGUGCUUUCGCCACUCACCAAGAAACACCUUUUCCAUUUUUAAGGUCAAAUUCGCGGGGAAGAAAACAAGUGACCAUCCCCAAGGAGCCACACUUCCAUACCACACAUGUCCCGAGAAGUUGUGCCAGAAAGUUAACAUGACAUAUUCAUUUCACGUGCCAUCCCGUGUUUCGUUCAAUUGUUUAUUGAAGAGCCAUGCUACAUUGUCCAGAAAGAAAGCCAGAAUGAUGUCCCCAUAACGCAAAAGACUAAUUAACACUUAAGUCAUGUCAUUUAAACGACAAAUUUGAUUUCCCACAUUAUUUUGGACAAGUUCUGGUUCAAAAUUUAUGGACAUGUAGGCAUUUUCCUCCUUAAAGGUAGUAUCUUGAUUGUUCGUGUGGCAAGUUUUCUUGUAAGCUGUAGGCAAUAGUCAUAUUUACACUUUUUUGUAAUCAGGUUGUGUACACACUCGUGGUUUGUCAUAUAAUAAAAAGGAAUGAACAACUCUAUCUUCCACAUUGCCUAGCCCCAUUGCAUCCUCCUCGGAUGUUAUGCUCUUUUUCCGCGAAAAAAAUUGGAGCAAAUCAAUUGCUUCACUGUGUGCAAAUGACAUUACAUGGUAUUCUGGUUACCGUUGAUGAUAGAUUGGGCUUGGUUGCCAAGGCUAAUCACUGACACAUUCGGUAACUUGUUCACUCUUGAGUAUAUUUUUUGAUCUUUUGAGACCUAGUGUUUUUGUUCCCCUGCAUAGCUAAAGAGAUAGGU